UUCCGGUCGCUACAUUGGCGCUUGGUGGCGCCAUCAUAAGAGAGCGGCCGGCCAUGCAUUUUUUGACAGAUUCUCGGAUUCUCGAGUAAAAAUGUCUCGAAAGCUGACUGGACAUGCAUCGCCGCUAGACCCUAGUCACUUCACAGAAUAGAAUGGAUUGGAACACGUUGAUUGGACAAGUGGAUGUUUGUAGAGUCUUAUGACGGAUCUUGCCCAUCCCAGGUCUGUGUUCUGUGGCUCCCAUCUGCCGGGAUUAUGAUGAACCUGAUCCGUUACUCCAGCAUGACCAGCAUCAAGAAGAUCAUGUUUGGGCUGGUCCUGCUCAGUCUUCUCUCCAUCUGGUUCUUGAGUUACAACAUGAUGACUCCACUACGGGGCGAUCACGACCGGGAUCUCCACUUGAAGCUUCCCCCCAGUCAGGCCCUGGGUGGGAGUGAGGGACACCCUGCCCGACGCAGACAGGGCAAGCACUCACCAGCUGCAGAUCAGGAUGACCUACAUCUGAUCCCUGCAGCGCUGAUCAUCACAGAACGUUCUGAUUCAGUCUUUGCCUACAAUCUCACCAGCGCCCUGGAAGCCAACCACAUAGACUUCACCUCAGUCCAGAUCAAGGAGAGGCACUGGCCCAGGCUGGAGCACAAACGGACAGGCAAGUUCUCAAUCAUCAUCUUCCAGAGUAUUCACUCCUAUGUCAGCCUGGACCCAUACCUGCUGAACACCAUACAUGAAUACUGCAGGAAAUACAAUGUAGGCAUCCUUGCCUUUGCUGUAGUCAGAGAGGAUGAUAAUGGAUACACUAGACAGGUUGGUGAAUUCCCAGUUUACAUGGACCAACGGCUGAGCCUCAAAGACCUCACAAUCAACCCAUCCGCCAGCGAUGUCUUACACAUUACUAAAGCAGGUCAGUUCAUCAAUGGCACCAUACCUUACAAUGACUGGACAGUCUUCAGAACUGAUCACGAGUCCUACAAGCCACUGGUCCAGGCCAAAACUCUUAGUCAGGACUCCCUACAACUUCGCUCUCCCUCGGAGGUCCUCCACACGACGGUGCUCAUGGAUCAGGGGCACUUUGAUGGCAUUCAGAGAAUAUUCAUCGGGAACAACUUCCGAUUUUGGCUACACUAUAUUUUGUUUCUGGACAGUGUCAGCUUUCUCUCACAGGGACUCCUGCAAAAGUCACUAGACAGAUACAUACAGGUGGACAUAGAUGAUAUUUUUGUGGGGAUGAAAGGAGUUCGGAUGACCGUGCAAGAUGUAGAGGCCUUACUCCUGGAGCAGCAGGUCUUGGCUGAUAAGAUCCCAGGCUUCACUUUCAAGCUGGGCUUCUCGGGUAAGUUCUUCAAACGUGGCAAUGAGGAGGAGAAGGCAGGCGACGAGGCACUGGUCAUGCAUGCUGACAAGUUUGCCUGGUUUCCACACAUGUGGAACCAUGCCCAGCCCCACAUGUUCAGCAACCAGAGCCAGCUGGUGGCAGACAUGAGAAAGAAUUUCCGAUUUGCAAAGAGUCAUAAGAUUCCUGUGGAGGACUCAUACGCCGUGGCCCCACACCAUUCUGGGGUGUACCCAGCCUACCCUAUGUUAUACAAUGCCUGGAAGCAAGUCUGGGGCAUCAAAGUAACAAGUACGGAGGAGUACCCAGCCCUCAGACCUGCUAGGAAGCGACAAGGCUUCAUAUACAAGGAUAUCAUGGUGCUUCCUAGACAGACGUGUGGUUUGUUCACUCAUACUAUCAUCAUGAAGCAAUAUCCAGGUGGUAGGGAGAGAUUAGACAGCAGUAUCUAUGGAGGAGAGCUGUUUCAAACCAUUGUUAAUAAUCCAAUCAACGUGUACAUGACACACAUGACCAACUACGGCAGUGAUCGGUUGGCAUUGUACACGUUUGACAAUGUCGUCAACUUUGUGCAGAAGUGGACCAACCUCAAACUCAAGGCUGAAUCACCCUUGGAUUUGGCCAUCAAAUAUUUUGAUAUGUUUCCUGAAGAACAAGACCCUGUUUGGACAAACCCAUGCUAUGACAAACGACACUUAGAAAUACUUCCUGAAAAGCACAACUGCAAUCGACUUCCAAGCUUCCUGGUGAUUGGACCACAGAAAACAGGAACCACUGCACUCUAUACGUUCCUGUCACUUCAUCCCAAUAUCAUGAGCAACCUUCCCAGCCAGGAGACCUUCGAGGAAGUCCAGUUUUUCUCAAACUCCAAAAACUAUUACAAAGGACUGGAGUGGUACUUGAAUUUCUUCCCACAAGUUGACAAUACCUCGACUGACUUAUUGUUUGAGAAGAGUGCGACGUACUUUGACAAUGUGUAUGCACCGCGUAGGAUGCACUGGCUGCUUCCAAAGGCCAAGCUCAUCGCAAUAUUGAUUGAUCCAGCCAAAAGAGCUCAUUCCUGGUACCAGCAUGAGAGGGCCCAUGGAAAUCCAGCCAGCCUGAACCACACGUUUUACGAGAUUCUAACGUCAGGCCCUGAAGCCCCAAGGCCAGUCACUUUACUGAGGAGUCGUUGCCUGGAUCCCGGCAAGUACAUCCAGCACCUGCAGAGAUGGCUACAGUACUACCCACCAAACCAGUUGAUGGUGUUAGAUGGUGACUUGUUGAGAGCUGAUCCAGUGGUUGCCAUGGUGAAAAUCCAAACAUUUCUACCGAUAAAUGCAUUUAUUGACUUCACUGAUAAAAUUGUUUACGACGACAAGAAGGGAUUUUACUGCCUUGCCCUCAGGAAGGGUCGCACACGCUGCUUGGGCAAGAGCAAAGGUCGCAGCUACCCUCCCAUGGAUGCCCAAAUGGAGAUUUACCUCCGACACUUCUACCAGGGUUUCAACGUUCAGCUGUUGGCUUACUUGUCGAGCAUUGACCAACCUAUACCUGCGUGGCUAAAUGAGGCACUGACAGAAAGCUGAAACAGGACUUCAGUACUAAACUGGUGUCAAAUGAGAUGGCAUCAUUGUUACACUACGCAUAGAGUUUUUGACAAUAUUUUCAUUACCAAAGAUGGACUGACAGUAAUCCAAGGAGAAAAUGUUGUAGUGUGCUGAGACAUAUACUUUUCAUGAAGACUUUUCCCUGGAAAUAAUUUGAGUCUGGCAGUGUGGCACAUGUGAGGAACGGGAGCAGGAAGUUGGCUAGGAGAUUUAAUUGGGUACUCUACACUGUGUUGCACAUUUAUUGUUGUCCCUCUAGUCAGUUGGCUUGGCACACAAGUAAGUACAAACAUUAGCAGCAGUCCUCAUAUUUCAGCUUAAUUGACUCUUUCAGACUUUCUCAAGCAAGAAUCUUUAUGACAUGCUGGUCAGUCCAUGACUUUCAAUCCAGAGAUCAAGGCAGCAGAAUAUUCACAACCACAAGUCAUCACAAGUCGGUCACAAGUCAUCCGGUCUCAAGUCAAUUCACAAGGUUUAUAAAUGGCAAAAACAACUCUUGUUUUCCCCUUUUUUUCAGACUUUUUCUCUAUAGGUUUUGUACACCUUUUUCUUCCCUACAACUUAAGCACUUUUAUCAAUCUUAUCAAUGUAAUACUUGGCACACGUAGACCACCAGUCGAAGAUGGUCAGCGAAGAUUUUCAUCAUGAUGACGUCAUAAUGUGCCAGGUGACGUCAUAUUAAAGAUGCAUUUUUCCCAGGCCCUUUAUCUUCGGAAGUACAACUCAGAUUGGAAUGAAACUUGGUGUGCAUUUUUAAAAGUUGUACUCAGGGACGUGUUUUAGGUGAAAUUGGAGUGACGUCAUGAUAACAUCACAUGUCAUGUGACUCCCAUUAAUGUGCAUAAUUUAAAGCCUUACAUCUCCACAACUACACAUCCAAUGGGGCCGUAUCAUAAGUCCGACGCCUCAUAGGUCCGACGCCUCAUAAGUCCGAAAUUUCAGACUUCUGAGGCGCCGGACUUAUGAGGCAUAACAUUUAUUUAUUCCGCCUCAUAGGUCCGACGCCUCAUAAGUCCGACGUCGGAAAAAAACGAGGCAUUUAAUUUGUCGGACCUACGAGGCGUCGGAGCUUUGAGGCGUCGGACUUAUGAGCGGACCCCCAUCCAAUUGGGACGAAACUUUGUAUGUUACAAUAUAGACAGGGACGUGUUACGGGUAAAAUUUGAAAUGACGUCAUGAUGACGUCUUCACGUGUCACAUGAUGUCACAUUAAAUGUGCCUGAUUUAAUAUCUAUGGAAGUACAGUCGACUCCCGUUAUAACGAGCUCGGUCAUAACGAUAACCCGGAUGUAACAAGCACAUUCUCCUAGUCCCGACAUGUGAUUGGGAUAAAAUUUGUAUAUCUACAAAAGCUAAUUCCUUUACAAAAAAUCCUAACAUGAUAAUUUUUCCAAAAUCGAAUCAGCUCUGUGCUUGUUAAUUACAAACACACCAUUCGUCUAGUUUGUCAUUGUUCUGCUGUUGCUUGUAACAUGACUUUUGAUUGAACUUGUGAUUGACUUGAUGGCAGCUCUGGAAGGCAGUGUUUCUGCUGAUGUUUGUUUUUGAUUUGUCUCUUGAUGCCAGCUGGGCAGUAGAUGGAUCAAAUGCUGGGUCCGCAUUUAAUCUGAAAGUCACUUGAAAUUUUUUUUUUUUUUAUCUGUGGUACCUCUUGUCUAAAUUUUUACUUACUUUUUUGUAUUCUGAAAUGAUGCGAAGGCGAUCCUACAAAUUGGAGUUUUACCUUUACCAGGGUUUAGGAUUCAUACACUGCACAACCUUACAAAUGUUACCAUGGUGUAUAUUAUAUUACUAGGGUUCAUUUCAUCUAUGGUUUGUGAUCAUUAUAUCUUCUCUGUUGUUCCCAUUGUGUGCUCUUUUGAGUCCAGUUGCUCAGGCAUUUUGGCUAUCAUAGUUGUCAAGCAUAAUGCUCGGUUCACACCUUCCUGAUUUUUAAGCCAAAUCGCAACGAAUAGCAAUUCUUGAGUAAAUCAGGGAGGGUUCUUGACUGCCUCGGGAUGAUUCUGUUACUUCGGUGAAAGAUCGUUAAAGAUCAGGAAGCACCCCGAUACAUUUGAACAUGUUCAAAAUUGUUGGGGUGAUUCGGGAACCAAUUUCAAUUCUUGGUUUAUUCUGGUUGUAUUCAUAACUAAUUCGGGAAUGUGUGAACCUGAACGACUCCAAACAGCGGUCUGUUUGUAUCAUAGAGCAAGAGGGUGCUUUAUAUAAUCAGCCUGUGUUUGGUAUGUGGAUGCUGGGUGCAAGCAAAGUUGCUUUGUCCAUGUGGAACCCUUCAUGUCAUCAGGUUGUGAUGUGGGUUUCCACCCAUGUUGAUGAAAUAAACCAUUUUGAUUAUAGGAGACUUCAGAAUAAUGCUAGCUCUAAGCAGUUUGUCAAUCUAAUUAUUGUCUGAAACGAUCAGUAUCAUGCACUUGAGACUGCUGUUCGGAAUUUUUUAAUUGACUGUAUGAGCAGGGUAUUUUAACUGUACACAGGAUUGUGGAAUUAAUCAAGCUCAGUCUGUCAAUUUACAAAAUGAGUAUAAUAAUAUUUCCAUAUUGGCUUCCUAUGGUAAGCAAAGAAAUGCUUCCUGAGGUGAGAACAAAAAAACAUUGUACAUGACUCAAUUACUGGCAUAUUAUGCAUUGUUAGAGGGGACUGAGUGAUAAAAUGCUUUGUAAUACACCAUUCUUGCCUGGCCAGGCUGAAACUUUAGGAUCACUUAUGGCUUUGAGAAUAGAUCGCGAAGUUCAACAUGGAGUUGAAUGAAGGCCAACUAGUAGACUUCCUGUCCACAGCACUUCACACUGUCCAACCUUCACUGUAUGUAAACAGUUAUUUAGCAUGCCUAAAUUUGAUCCUAAAUGUGGGUUUUAUUCUUGGCCUUACCCUCCGACACCACUAAUGGGGGGAUAUUGCGACAGCAUGUGAGGUUCUUUGUGGUUUAUAGCAUGGACUAGUGUUGGUUGUCAGCUCAUCUUCAGAACGGUUUUUCACAUCACCUUUUUUAAUUUAUCACCCAUACCUACAUUUUACAAAGCCAUGCACCUUCCAUAACUUGGAAGUUAUAUUUCCUUCAUACUGAAUCAUUGAACCAUGUACAUGUAUAAAUGCUCGAGAGGAUUUCUGGGUAUAACCCAGACCCAUUGCAAAGUUUGUAUCCAUUUAACCUAACGGCAUUAUACGGAUAUAAAGCUGUUAACAGUAUUUUUAUGGUGCUUAAUUACGUAUAAUGUAUGAAAUGAAGUAAAUAUUGGAAUCUCAACUUUUUUUAAAUGAUGUAUAUUAAAAAAUGUCUGUAGAAUUGUAUUA